AUGAAUGGUGCACUGGGCUUGUCCUUCCUUGGCUUGCUCAAGCAUGUCAACAGCAAGUUCUGCACUCAGUUCUUGAGACGCCAUAGCGAGCCUUGUCCCUUUGUUCCUCUGAGAAUCGAAAUCAUCACCUCCAUCGAAAGCUGCACCGGGAAUAUCAAAGCCCAGCCCAUCAACCCUCAUGUCCCCAACCCUUUUGACACCGGUCUUCCUUUGAACUUCAACCCCGUCUUCGAAAGUUCUUCGAGCCCAAAGAAACCCACCAAGCGUGUGUAUCCAAACCAUAUCAACCCGCUUCGCCUCAACCCUGUCGACAGCGAGGUUCCAUUGACUUACACCCCCGAAAGCGGCCAUAUUUCAACCGCAAAGAGCCACGACGAAAGUGCCAAGAUCGAGCACCUCAACCCUCUUCACCUCAACCCUCUUCACCUCAACCCUCUUCACCUCAACCCUCUUCACCUCAACCCUCUUCACCUCAACCCUCUUCACCUCAACCCUCUUCACCUCAACCCUCUUCACCUCAACCCUCUUCACCUCAACCCUCUUCACCUCAACCCUCUUCACCUCAACCCUGUCGACACCGAGUCUUCAUUGACUAACACCCCCGAUGUUGAACUUGCUUCACUCCCAGCGAAAGCUGCUGACAGCACCCGGCCCAAGCGAAUUGACACUCGUCGGCUCAACCGUGUUCAGCUCGGCCCCAUUCAGCUCGACCCUGUCGACAACAAGAUUCCACUAGACUUUACCCCUAGUGUCAAAUGUAUCUCGAUUCUAAGCAAAUCCACCGAGAGUAACAAAUUCGAGCACUUCAGCACCAUCGACAGCCCCGGAGUCGAAGUCUUCUCAACUCCAAACGAGUCGACGGACAGUGUCCACAAUGAGUGCAUCAACGCUAUCGACAGCCUCGCUGUCAAUGAGGUUCCAUCCUUCAACGAGCCAACCAAGUGUGCCAGGCCCGAGCACCUCGACGCUAUCGAUGGCUCUGCCAUCGAAGACUUUUGGGCCCUGAUUGAGAACCCCGAGCGCGUCGAAACCGAGGGGACCAUCGGCCUCCGGGUCGAGGAUGUUUCCAGUCACAGGGAGGUAACUGAGUGUGCCAAACUCGUGCACAUCAACAAUGUAGCCAGUAAGGCUCCUUUGACUGACAGCAUCGGUAUCGAAGAUGUUUCAGCCUCCUCCGAGAUCACCGAGUGUGCCGAAUUCGAGCACCUCAAGGCUAUCCACAGCCUCGGGAUUGAACUCUUUUCAACCCCCAACGGGUCCACUGAAAGUGUUCAGAACGAGUGUAUCAAUACCAUCGAUAAAGAGGCUCCUUUGACUGACGGCGUCGGCGUCGAACACCCUUCAGCCCCCAACGAGCGGACUGAGAGUGCUCAAGCCAACCUGACCUACAGCACCGGCGUCGGAGAUAUUUCAAACUCCAAAGACCCAAUUGAAAGUGCCAAACCCGACCACCUCAACACUAUCAACAGUGAGGCUCCUUCUGUUUUGGCCUCUACCCUUGGCGCAGAAGGCAUCGCAAUCCCAAACGAGCCCACUGAGAACGCCAAAACCCAACUUCUCAAUCCUCUCUGGCCUAGUCGUAUCGACAGUAAGGCCCCAUCAACCGACAAGCAUGGCACCGGACGCGUUUCUAUUACUGAUGAGUCCACAGAGGGUGCCAAAGCUAAGGUCCUCAACCCCAUCGACAUGGAGCCUCCUUUGGCUUUGGCCUGCACCGCGGGCGCCAAGGGCAUUCCUGCCGCAAACAAAUCCAUUGAGAGUAUCAACUCCCAGUCUAUUGCCUCUCUUCAGCUCAACCACGUCGGCAUCGAUACCCAACUCAUUGGCAAUACCCCUCUUGGACUCAUUUCCGUUCCGGGAAAGUCUGCCUCCGGAAUCAAAGGGGAAGGUGGUGGUUUUUGCAAGCCCCGACCUAUCGGCAGCCUUAAGCUGCGACGUGAACCAAUCUGGGUCAUUGGAUCAAGUCAUGACUUGCCUUUCUACAAACGCUACUUGCAGGACACACCACAAGGCAAACGAGUCAAGAUGACUCAGGUGGAAAUGCACUCUGUUCGACAGUACCGAACCAUUCGCCGCAAGCCCCUCCCACCCAACUCAGCCGACGGCUUGGUCGGCAAGAGGGGGGGCCCUCAAGUCCAUAUUCCAUUCCACCAGCGUGGUAUGUGGGACACUCAGCGAUUCAACUGGGAAAGAUGCACCUACGAAGCCAGACAUCCCGAUAAAAACGUUGCAAGAAUCCACAGCAGCCCUCUCCACCUUGAUGCGAGCAAGACCACGUUUUGGGAUUGUUUGAGGAGUCCUUUCCGCCGAAGCAGCUCAGGUUCCAGCGUGCACAAGAAAGUUCGUGACGCCAUCACCAAGGUGCCAUUGCUCAAGGCAAAGAAGGCACAGAGCAUUCCCCCCGCUCAAUCCCCUCCAGUUCAGAGUCCCGCAGCUCCCGCCAUCUCCCACGAUUAA